CGAACGUGCCGACGCCAGAGGCUGAACGUCAGGGUGAAUAGCAUCUCCUCUGAUGGACCACAGACUUCAAGCUACACAGCUCCUCUAACGUUUGCCAAAACAAAGGGGAUUUGGUGAUGGAGGCUUUAUUGGAAGGAAUGCAAAAUCAGGGACAUGAUGGGGGGUUUUUGACAUCCUGUGAAGCAGAACUACAGGAGCUUAUGAAACAGAUUGACAUAAUGGUGGCUCAUAAAAAAUCUGAAUGGGAAGGGCAGACACAUGCUCUCGAAACUUGCUUGGAUAUCCGUGAACGGGAACUCAAGACUCUUAGGGGUCAGCUGGAUGAGAAACACAAAGAGGUUGGAAUGCUGCAUCAGCAAUUAGGAGAACAAGAAAAAAUUAAGCAAGAGAUGGCCAUAGAGUACAAGCAGGAGUUAAAGAAGCUACAUGAAGAAUUAGGCAGAUUGAAGAAAAGCUAUGAAAAGCUACAGAAAAAGCAUAUAAGGGACUUCAGAGGAAACACCAAAAAUCACAGGGAAGAUCGGUCUGAAAUUGAGAGGUUAACUGGAAAAAUAGAGGAAUUUCGUCAGAAAUCACUGGACUGGGAGAAGCAACGCUUGAUUUAUCAGCAACAGGUAUCAUCUCUGGAGGCACAAAGGAAGGCUCUCGCUGAACAAUCAGAGAUAAUUCAGGCUCAGCUUGCCAAUCGGAAACAGAAAUUAGAGUCUGUGGAGCUAUCUAGCCAGUCAGAAAUUCAACACUUGAGCAGUAAGCUACAGCGGGCCAAUGAUACUAUCUGUGCCAAUGAAUUGGAAAUAGAACGCCUCACCAUGAGGGUCAAUGACUUGGUUGGAACUAAUAUGACUGUUAUGCAUGAUCAGCAGCAAAAAGAAGAAAAAUUGAGGGAAUCAGAAAAACUGUUAGAGGUUCUGCAGGAAGAAAAGAGAGAACUAAAGGCAGCUCUUCAGUCUCAAGAAAAUUUCACCCGUGAGGCAAGAGUGCAAAAGGAGAAGCUACAAGCUAAAUUAAAAACAGAUACUCAACACACAGUAGACAUAAUAAGGUCACUGGAGGAGUCUCAGGCAGAAAGGAAAUACACUGCUCAAGGGCAGGGUAGCUUAGAAAAUGUAUUGUCCCAGCUGGAUUUUACCCACACUAGUGAAGAACUUCUGCAGGCAGAGGUGACUCGUCUGGAAGGCAGCUUAGAAUCUGUGGGUGCCACAUGUAAACAGCUGAGCCAAGAACUAAUGGAAAAAUAUGAAGAAUUAAAGAAGAUGGAAAUACAUAACAAUGAAUAUAGGGCAGAGAUUAAGAAGCUGAAAGAACAGAUUUUACAGACUGACCAGAGCUAUAGUUCUGCGCUAGAAGGAAUGAAGUUGGAGAUCUCCCAGCUAACUCGGGAGUUACAUCAACGAGAUAUCACUAUUGCUUCUGCCAAAAGUUCCUCCUCUGACCUGGAAAAGCGACUCAAAGCAGAAAUAGAAAAGGCAGAAGAAAAAGCAGUAGAGCAUAAGGAGAUCUUGGAUCAACUGGAGUCACUCAAAUUAGAAAAUCAUCGUCUUUCUGAAAUGGUGAUGAAAUUGGAAUUGGGUUUACACGAGGCAAAAGAGAUUUCAAUAGCAGACUUCCAGGAGAAUUAUAUUGAGACAUUAAGUAAAUUAGUGUCUGAAAAUCAACAACUACAGAAAGAUUUGAUGGAUACUAAAUCUAAGCUGGAGAUUUCUACUCACAUGUGCAAAAAAACCCAUGACAGAGUCUUUAAGCUGACACACAGCAGAGCAUCAGAGUUCAAGAACGCAGAUUUCAAUCCAACCCAUGGCCAACACAGACAUGAAGGAAUAAAUACUGAGCGCUACAAAACAGAUCUUCGCUCUCCAAGAGGACAAGCUUCGGAUAGUAUAGAACCCAUGAUCAGGGUCCUCACCCCCCUGAGUCCUCAGAUCAGUACUUACAGCUCUACCAUCUCUUUGCCUUCCAACUUUCAGAGUAAAGCUCACUCUUUGCCUUCAGUGCCAGAUACAAAUGAAGCCAACUUUUCUGACACUGGCUCUGAGAGUGUAAAUGACCAAGAAGAGUUUAUAUUUUCGUGUCCCUUGCCUGUGUCUCCUCUUGGUUCAGUAGCUACAAGAUUUUUGGAAGAGGAGGAACUGAGGUCUCAUCAUAUUCUAGAGCGCCUGGAUGCCCAUAUUGAAGAACUAAAACGAGAGAGUGAAAAGACAGUGAAACAAUUCACAACCCUAAAGUAACCUCUUAUAAAAUCACAAACUUGGAAAUAAACACCAAAGAGUUUACUAUCAACUGGAGUAGCAGCUCUUUAAAAACAUGAACAUAUAAAAAUUAUAAAGCUGAGACAUACUAAAAGUACUUGUUAAGAAAUCUGGUACUUCUCUCAGGGAUAUUACUACACAGGUUUGUUAGAAGGACUUUUUCUAGCCAUAACUUGUAAGAAUAAACCACUUUGCUAGAUCUCACAUUAAUACUUAUCAUGGGGGAUACUUCUUGCUGACUU